CGUUUCAAAUACCUAUUCGUGAAACCUCGUCCUUGCAAUUAAGAUUCAUGGUCGCAAACCUUAAUUCACAGCAAUGAGGCUUGCCGCCACGACACUUCCGUGCUUGCACUCGACAAACAAUUCCUUACUUGUGCCUCUCCCAUAACUGCAGGGUUCGUGGCGCUGGACGGGGUUUCCAUCGAUCUGCUCGACCUGGUGGUGCUCACAUUCGCUGGGUGGGAGUUGAUCGCAGCCGCCAGAACGACCUUGAAUGACGACAUCGAUUCGUAUCUGAACGCGCGAACGCGUCUCACAGAAGACUGAUCGUCACGGCGAUACUAUGACUGGAAUCUAAUCACGACGACAUGAUGAGCACGCCCAACAAGCGUCGCAAAAAGAACGACCAUCAGCCUUCCCCGCAGCCCGUCCGUUCUCUGGCUUACUUCUUCGGAAAACAGAAAGCGCAGGAGGAGGCAAAAGCCGUAUUGCCAACUUCAUCGAACGCCGUGAACCACACACGUAACGGCAGCAAGGAUGAUGGGACGGAUGAUGAAGCAGUACUGACCGACGAACAGCUUGCAAGAAAGUUGCAAGCGGAGUACGAUGCGGAGAAUGGCAGUUCAGGUGACAGGCUUGAAGCUGAUGCCGCAGGCAACGAAGCUGACGCGGAAGGACUGGCCACGGAGGCUGACCGCCAUUCUAACAAGUGUGAGGAACCCAUACCAAACGGGUCGGAUUUGCAGCAUGAUGGUGAUCUCCCGAAGCCAGUGGAAUCAACGCCAGUCGGAAACGCUUUCUCGGCGCUCGGGAAGAAGACCACGUUAUCUUUGCAGUCGGCAACAGCAGAUGAAGACACCGUUACCCACGCCAUUCCGUUCGAUGAAUCACCUUUAACGUUCGAUCCGCAGAAGUACAUACCCGAGCUGAAGAAGCAGUGGGCUCCGGAAGGCGGAAGUGCUACUUACGCCCUUCUCACCCACUGCUUUGUGUUGGUGAACAGCACUCAGUCCCGUAUCAAGAUUGUCGACACAUUGGUCAAUCUACUACGGACGAUCAUCGAAGGCGAUCCUGAUUCGCUCCUGCCUGCUGUCUGGCUGGCUACGAAUUCCAUCUCACCGCCAUACAUCGAUAUUGAGCUCGGCUUAGGCGGAUCGGCGAUCAGCAAAGGUCUCAAAAAGGUCUGCGGCCUCGAUAAUGCGGGCUUGAAGACUCUCUACAACAAGCAUGGAGACGCGGGCGACGUUGCCUUUGAAGCCAAGAAGCGGCAAAGUCUGACUCUGCGGAAACCCAAACCACUCACGAUCAAAAGCGUGUUCGACUGUUUGCUCAAAAUCGCCAAUGCCAAAGGGCACGGAUGCCAGGAGGUCAAACAGCGGAUUGUGGAGAGAUUGAUUCAGGAUGCGAGGGGUGCGGAGGAGAGCAGGUAUAUCGUGCGCACGCUGGUGCAGCAUCUCCGCAUCGGCGCGGUGAAGACGACCAUGCUCAUCGCACUAUCUCGUGCAUUUCUGCUAUCGCGCCCGCCCGGUGCUGAGUUCUCGACGACACCACAGUCCGAACUGGCGAAGCUUAGCAAGCAGGAGCUUGCAGAAGUCUAUUCGCACGGCGAAGAACUCGUCAAAGCCAGUUUCGCCCGGCGACCGAACUACAACGACCUGGUCCCGACUCUACUCGAGAUCGGGGUUGCGGACGAGCUCCUGCUGCGCUGCGGUCUGGCUCUACACAUUCCCCUACGACCUAUGCUUGGCGGGAUCACGAGAGAUCUCGGAGAGAUGCUCACCAAGCUGGAGGGGCGAGACUUUGCGUGCGAAUUCAAGUACGACGGCCAGCGCGCCCAAGUGCAUUGCGACGAGAAGGGGAAAGUGACGAUAUUCUCUCGACACCUGGAAGUCAUGACGGACAAGUAUCCCGACCUGGUGGCUUUGGUGCCGAAGAUUCGAGGGGAAGGCGUGAGCAGUUUCAUUCUCGAGGGAGAAGUCGUGGCCGUAGACCGAGAGACGGGGGAUUUCAAGCCGUUCCAGAUCCUGGCCAAUCGCGCGAGAAAGGACGUGGUGAUCCAGUCGGUCAAGGUGGACGUUUGUCUGUUUGCCUUCGAUUUGAUGUACCUCAAUGGCGAAGAACUGCUCGACCGGCCUUUUCGAGAGCGACGAAGUCUGCUACGAAGCCUGUUCAUCGAGCUCCCGAACCACUUCACUUGGGUCAAGAGCAUCGAUGCCACUUCUUCGGAUCUGGACACGGUCAGUGGUUUCUUCAGACAAGCGACUGAUAUCAAGUGCGAGGGCAUCAUGGUGAAAGUGCUUGACAAUCUGCCGAAUCCCGAACUCGCCGUCGAAGCUGCGGUAGACCCAGCGUCGUCAGCGAAACCCGUGACUCCGUCCAAAGCAAAGAAGACGAAACCCAAAACCAAGAAGGCAGCGGCAGCAGCGGCCAGUGAGGACACGACAGAUGAUGCGGAAGUAGAGAAGAAAGGCGGGCGUCGCAAAGCCUUACUCUCCACUUACGAACCCGACAAACGCCUCGACUCCUGGCUGAAGGUGAAGAAGGAUUACAACUCGGCAUCAUUCGACACCAUCGAUCUGAUCCCCGUCGGUGCCUGGCACGGCCAAGGGCGUAAGAAUGCAUGGUGGUCGCCGAUAUUACUUGCCUGCCGGAACCCCGAAGACGGGAGUCUCGAAGUGGUGACGAAAUGCAUCAGCGGCUUCACCGACGCCUUCUACAAGGCCAAUAAGGAGAAGUACAGCCAAGACGGGCCGAACACCAUCUCUCGGCCGUCGUAUGUGGAGUACGGCGGUGAGCCAGAUGUGUGGUUUGAACCGCAGGAGGUGUGGGAAAUGGCAUUUGCGGACAUCACGCUGAGUCCGACGUACACUGCCGCCAUUGGGUUGGUGAGCGAGGAGAGGGGACUGAGCAUGAGAUUCCCACGAUUUUUGAAAGUGAGGGAGGACAAAGGGAUUGACGAGGCGAGUACCAAUGAGUUUCUUGCGAGUCUGUACAGGAAGCAAGAGAUUCGACAGCCGCAGGAAGGGAAUGGGCAGGCUGAAGGAAUGGACAGGGUUGACGAGGGAGAGGAAUGAGAGGCCUGAUUGGGUAUUUGGGCACGUGAAGUCUCCCUAAAUGAACAGAAGACCCUUGGGGUGUACAGCGGUACGGCCAGAAAAUUUCCAGAGCGUAAAAUGCACGAGGCUUGCGUAAUGGGCUUGGUAGAGGCUGGUGACACGCGCAGCGAUGACGAAGGCCACUGCUGUGCAGCACUGAUCCGACAUCAAGCUGCCGACUGGAGAUGUUCGGCUGGGCAUGGUAGAUGAGAUAGCACAUUUGUCACUGCUUUGG